AUGUCGAUUUCCGAUGGUCGGAGUCGUCUUGAGUCCGUAUACAAUGCAGCGGUCGAUGAUGACCAAGACAAGCUGGACUUGGAUGCGAACAGUGUUCACCUUCUCAAUGCUAGACGUACGGCUGCCCUCGCCGAGAUAGAUAAUGCCCGCUUUUCGUGGUUUCACUUUAGGGUCGCCUUGGUCGCUGGCGUUGGAUUUUUUACUGAUGCAUACGACCUUUUUGCCAUCGACAUAGUCUCCACUCAAAUUUGUUUCCCAGGCAACAAUUCGCUGAGUCAAUAUCAGCUAGUAGGAAUAAAGGUCGCUGCUCGAGCAGGCAACCUCAUUGGUCAGGUGCUCUUUGGCUGGCCGGCCGAUAAAGUUGGUCGAAAGCGGAUGUACGGUCUUGAAUUGAUGUUCAUGAUCAACGCCACCUUCUGUCAGGCCUUGGCUGGAAGUGCGCCCUCUGUCGGCAUUGUUGGUGUCAUCAUAGUAUAUCGCUUUAUCAUGGGUGUUGGAGUAGGAGGCGAUUGUCCAUUGGGCGCAAUUAGUAUUUCCGCAGAGCUCGCAGCUACUCAAUCGCGGGGUCGUUUCAUGACUGCUGUGUUCGCUGCGCGGGGCUGGGGUCAGUUUGCUGCGUCUGCAGUUGCAACGAUAUGCGUAGCAGCCUACAAAAACACUAUCUCCAACCCUCCCAACUCAACUGAUGUCCCCACCGCGUCCAUCGACCAAAUCUGGCGUAUCUUGAUUGGUUUUGGCUGCGUCCCCGCUCUCGUGGCGCUUUACUUUCGUCUUACGGUCCCGGAGACCCCACGCUUUACAAUGGACAUAGAGCGCAAUGUCAAGCAAGCUACACAGGAUAUUGACAAUGUACUGUCGACAGGCACUUAUCGUGCCGACCGCGACGCGCCCAUUCGGCGUGUCAUAGCCCCCAAGGCAACGAAGAGUGACUUCUUGACAUACUUUUUGCAAUGGAAGAACGGAAAGGCUCUCCUUGGAACGGCAUACUCAUGGUUCGCCCUUGGCUCAGAUACCGCUUCAGUAGCUUUAAACUCAGUCACCAACCUGGAAUUAGGAUCCUCAUACGGAAUGACGAAUACCACGAUCAUACAAACACGACAGCAAAUCUAUAAAACUCUCAUGGGCUACUGUGUCGGCAACCUCGUCCUCUCCGUAGCUGGUUUGAUACCUGGGUACUGGGUUUGUUUCCUUUUUAUUGAUAGAUGGGGACGCAAGCCAAUCCAGCUCACGGGAUUCAUCGCCUUGACCAUCUUGUUCCUUAUUAUGGGUUAUGGCAACGAGAACGGCAGGCUACUGAAACCACAUCUGGUCGGCCUUUACGUCUUCUUCUACUGCCUGGCAAUGUUUUUCCAGAAUUUUGGACCGAAUACAACGACAUUCAUCAUCCCCGGCGAAGCUUUCCCCACAUCAACUACACAAUGGGCGAUAAUAUUAAUGACAGUUAUGUUUCAUCCCUGUGAAUCUUCUCAAAAGACAUUCAGAGUGUCUGUUACUAACACGAUCAUCAGGAUGAAGAUCCUUGCUUUCGUCAUGUUGACAGGGGUAAUAUCGACAAUGCUGCUGCCUGAGACGAAAGGACGAUCGCUGGAAGAAAUAUCCAAUGAAGACCAAGAAGGAUUCAUACAAGGUAAGUGGUCCUGCCGGGGGUCAUUUGUCGGGCGCAUGCUAACAUGGUUACCUUCGCGUAGGGCUUGUUCCAGUCAGGCAGAUGGAAAUAGCAUAAUCACUUGA